AUGAGCAAGAUCAGUUUUAGCAAAUUGUCUCUGUUCUCCCUCUUCCUCGUCCUGCUGUUUUCACUCCAUGUUGUUCCCACCACCGCUGGAACCACUACCGGCGCCAACUCCCUUGCCGGCGAUGCCAACUCAAUCCCUUCCAAAGAAAAUCUUGCCCGUUACUGGAACGAACAAAUCACCAACAACCUCGCCACACCACCACUGCUCAUAUCCAAAGUUUCACCCUUAACUGCUGCAGAAACGACCCUUUUUGCCCAGCUCGUGGCUAAAGAUACCAUCUCUGAUCAUUUCCUAUCUUUCUGCAAGGCUGCACAGCUGCUCUGCUUCCCAACCUUAUCAUACUAUCCAGUUGGCUACGAUGUCGAUAGUGGUGCCACGGCACUGGCAGGUGGCAUGAACGUGAACAAAGGCGUGGAGCCUGGCAAACACUUCCGAGAAUCUAUGCUGAGGAGUGGGAAGGUGAUCCGGAUGCCGGAUCUCCGUGUCAUAACGCCCAAAAGGUCGUUUUUGCCACGUAGCAUUUCCUCUGGAUUACCGUUCUCCACCUCGAAGCUCGCCAAGCUGAAGCAAAUCUUCCAUGCUGGGGAUGAUUCAAAUAUGGAGAAGAUCAUGGUACGCACACUCAGCCUGUGCGAGAAAGCGCCGAUCCAAGGUGAGACCAAGCGAUGUGUUAGCUCUGUUGAGGGCAUGAUCGACUUUGCCACCUCAAUACUAGGCCACGACAUCAAGUUUCAAUCCACGGAGAGCGUCGGAGGGUCGAAGCGUGAGAUCUUGAUUGGACGAGUGAAAAGGAUAGGCGGGAGUGAAUCGGGUGCGCCCGUGGCAUGCCACGAGAGUGUAUUUCCUUACAUGGUCUAUUACUGUCAUGCGUUUCCGACACUCCGGAUUUACGAAGCGGAUAUACUGGAUCCCGUGUCCAAGGCCAAGAUCAACCAUGGCAUCGCCCUCUGUCAUAUGGACACGUCGGCUUGGAGUCCAAAUCACGAGGCAUUCCUUGCACUUGGGUCGGGCCCUGGUCAAAUUGAGGCUUGCCACUGGGUCUAUGGGGAUUAUGUGGUCUGGACAGGGGCCAAUUAGUAAUGAAAAAAAGUGAAGUGUGAGUCAAAUUGAAUAAUAUAGGUUGGACCUAGAGACUGAGAUAAAUUAGCCGCUAGCUCCAUCCCUAGUCAUCAUUUGCUUAAACGUAUUAUCUAAUAUGGUAUCAGCUUCGUAAUAUCCACGACCAUAGUCGUGUAUAUAUGUAAAUAUGGUUGUGGUUAGUAAAUGUCAAGUGUUUGGAUAAUUUUGAUCUA